UAAGUCUCUCUUUGAGAGGUGUAUCGAUCUUUUUUAAAGAUGUCGUCAUCCUAUAUGUUCAUGGGUCGGUUCUUUGAAGGGCAGAGAUGUGGAAGUGAAGGAGCACGUUCAUUCUCUUCAUUGUAACGCCUCGUCUGUUGGAUACUAAUAUAAGCCGCGCUAAUGGAAAAUACGGGGUCACAGGUGGUCUCGCUGGAGCGGCAGGUGGAGAGUGUGGAGAGGAGUAUUGUGUUCCUUAGACAAGAGCAGCUGUCUCUGCUGCAUGGACUACAUCUGGAGAUCCUGUCCCUCCAGAAACGCUGUACAGAACUUACACAGGAACUCAACAUGAAGCCCCCAGGCAGGAGUGAAGCAGAGGUGAAAGAGGAAGAGGAGCAGCUGGAAGCUCGUUGUGGGGAGGUGGAGGAGCAUCUGCAGGAGCAACAACAGAUCCAGAGUGAUCUGCGAUGGGAGCUGAGUCAGAAGUCGGUCCUGGUGGGUGCUCUCCGCGCCAGUCUGAAGGAAAAGGAGCGCCAUUUCCUGGAGGAAUUAAAACACCGCAGCCACAGGACCACUGCGCUCAACACCGAGCUGCAGAAGCAGACGGAGGCGGCUGCGUACCUGUCCUUCCAGCUGCAUUCAGCCAAGCAGAAACUCCAGGAGCAGAAGCUGCAGCAACGCAGGAGGCUGGCCCAGCCCGGUGCAGACAAGCCUCCCAUCUACCCUUCGCCUCAGGCCAGUGCCAGCAGCCCGACCACCAUCAAACCCAAACGACGGAGCUCGAGCCGGCUCUCCUCGAAUCUCCGCACCGAACGCGCCAGGGAGUGUGUGCCACGCGAGAGGGUGACAGGCCCCGAGGAGCCGAUGGCCAUGCCUGACCCCGCCCUCUUCCUCUACCCCUACAGACACAGAUCCCGGCUCCGCCCACCACACAGACAUGCCUUGCAGGAAGCAGAGGGGGAGGAGUCAGAGGAGCUCGAUCAGGGAGCUUCAGUAAGCAGACUGGCAACAACAGUAGCUAAAGCCACUGCGACCACUGCAUCCACCACAGAGAACAACGCUGAAUGAGUGUUUCUUUUACAGUUCGACCUGCUUGUUUUUAUGAUAUCUAAACCUGAAUUGCACCUUGAGCCCCUUGGGAGAAACUUUCCAUUAUGACAGUGACAGAAACGUUUAUAUUUGCAACACGGUUUGCUUUUUUUACAGUUUGCACAUGCAGUGAUUAUUAGACCGAGGAGAGAUUUUUGCUUACGUUCUUGUUGAACCAAAAUCGACUCGUGAUUAUGUUGCUGUAAGGCAUUUUCGUAAUCAAAAAUGACCCUGAGGGCCUCACUACACGAACAUGAAGUGCUUCAUAAGGCCUGUUUUAUGCAUCCUGCAUCUGCAGUGUGUAGUUUUUUCACUGGCUAUAUUAACAGGUUAUAGCAUUUACACUGACAUUUGUGCUGCCCUUACAUUAACUGCUGUUCUUUUCAUAUUAUACUACGUCUGUCGUCGCUGAUUAAGUUGCAGACAGGUAUAGAUAGGUAGAUAUUUAAUGUAGCAAUGAAAUGAAAGCAGCAACUGAUAUUUUCUUCUGUAUUGUGAUGUACACCCAUGCAAGUGUAACAGGUUAUCGAAAUAGAAUGAAAUGCAGAGCGGGGACUAGGUUCUAGCCAUCGGUUGUUGAUGGGAUUUUGGGAUGUGGCCAUUGCGCUCAAAAUAAAUGCUAACUUGCAGUCAGUCUUGGAGGGGUGGAAUUUAAGUGGACUAAAUGAUUGGUGAAACCCUGUAUUAGUCACCAGAGAGAAGCCUGUCGUUUUCACUGGAAGAAAAAUGGCACAAGGAAAA